CUCCUCAGAAACGCUGAGUCAUGUUUCACACUUAUCAACAACCAUUAGUCAGCAGUAAACACACACUUUGAUACAUUGUGUCCUCUUGGGCUCGUUAGCAGAUUAACCGGAUGCAGUUUGUUUUAAAUGUAUCAGCUUGCUGCUCUCUCUCUCUCCCUGUCUCUCUCACUCUCUCUCUCACACACACACACACACAUUCACAGCCUCUCACAUCGUCGUCUCGUCCAGCUCCUGCACCAGCUGUCCUACCACCUUUGUUUUAUUGUGUUUAGUGAGAAUGGCUGUGAAUAAAACCCACAUUAGUGUCGGCUAUGCCUGUAUUGGUGUGCUGUUCGGCUUCUCUGCUUUCCUGGUGUGGAACAUCGCGUUCAGACAGCCGUGGACUGCAGCCAUGGGAGGACUGUCAGGUGUGCUGGCUCUUUGGACCCUGAUCACUCACGUCAUGUACCUGCAGGACUACUGGAGGACCUGGCUGAAGGGCCUCAAGUUCUUCUUCAUCAUCGGGGUCUUCUUCUCUGUGGUAGCAGUCGUGGCCUUCAUCACUUUCCUGUCUGUUGCCAUCAGCAACAAGGAGUCCCUGACUAACCCUCGGAGUCUUUACCUGUCCUGCGUGUGGAGCUUCAUGAGCCUCAAGUGGUCCUUCCUGCUCACCUUGUCCGCUCACCGCUACCGCAAAGAGUUCGCUGACAUCAGCAUCCUCAGUGACUUCUAAGGGCCCUUAAACAUCCCGCAGUGAUGACACAGACUUUGGAGUACGCUCGCUGCGCUGGCUUCCCAGCCUGACAGGUGAUGGAGGACAUUUUAAGAGGAAUCAUAGGAGAAAUACUUUGUGUUGUGGAUGAACACCCUGAUCCUGGUUACUCCUUCGCCUUCUUGGCCCAAACCACCUCCUCCUCCUUUUUUUAUUACGUGUGCAGGGUUUGUUGCUGACUUGGCCACUUUACAGACAAAUCCAGCCCUAUUUUAUAUGAUCCUUGAAGGAUUUUCACUUCCUCAGCACCCUGCUUAGUCAUGCAUCUGCACAAUUUCUUCAUGACAACAUAAAUCCAAAAUAUGGUAAUACUUUUCAUGACUCAGUGAAGGGAAUCGCCCUCCUCAGUGGUGAUUAUCAGUUGCAGUUUCACGCUGUAGCCACUAGAGGGCGCCACCCUUCCAACAGUUAAACAACCAUGUACGGUAAUGUGCGCUUGACUUACAUCUUUGUAUUAUAUUUAAUAUUUGCUGGUUUAAUGAAUGAUGAAGAGUUGCACAAGCUGCACAUGCAGCGGUCAAGUGAUGAAAUCUGCACAUCACAAUGCAUCAGUUCCAUAUACAUGUGCAUCGGGGGUCUUGCAGAGGGCAGGUCACCCGAAAUCCUGCAGCAUCAACGAGAAUGCUUUCAUGUAAUAAGCACCACAUGUCCUGGUUUGAUGUAUUUGUGAACCGUGAAGGGGCAUUUUUAACGUAAAGAAUGAUUUUUGUAUUAUUUUUUAUCAGUGUGACGAACGGAAGUGAGUGUAAAUGUGAACGCGGGGGCCUCAGUCAUGGUUUUUAAUUCACGACAGUAGUGACACCACUAAUGCGCAUCCAUGUCGCUUUAUACGUUGCAUCGUCCUCAUCUGAACCAAUUUAUGACGCUUAUAUUGUUGCUUAAGGAGAUUAUUUUUCUGCAUUUUCCUUUAUCUCUGUACAUGUUAGAAAUGAAGAAUGACAUUGUGUGUUUGUAUGAGUGUGUCUGAGAGUUAAUAAAAUAUGUUUUUUGACAUCC